AUGAGUAAAAUCAGCGAAGUCGUGCAGCGGGCCAGAGCCUCCUUCAACUCGGGCAGAACUCGCCCCUUGCAGUUCCGGAUCCAGCAGCUGGAAGGACUGCGGCGCAUGAUGGAGGAGCGGGAAAAGAACAUCUUGGAGGCCCUGAUGGCCGACCUCCACAAGAACAAAUGGAAUGCAUACCAUGAGGAGAUGGCGUAUAGCCUGGAGGAGAUCAAGUACGUGCUCAAGAAGCUCCCUGAGUGGGUUGCAGAUGAGCCCAUGGAGAAGACUGCCCGCACCCAGCAGGAUGAAUGCUACAUCCACUCGGAGCCCCUGGGUGUGGUCCUCAUCAUAGGCUCCUGGAACUACCCCUUCAACAUCACCAUUCAGCCCAUGGUCGGCGCCAUUGCUGCAGGGAAUGCAGUAGUCAUCAAGCCCUCAGAGCUGAGCGGGAACACGUCGAGCCUGCUGGCUACCAUCAUCCCUCAGUACCUGGACAAGGAUCUGUACCCGGUGAUCGAAGGGGGAAUCCCGGAGACUACGGAGGUGCUCAAGGAGAGAUUCGACCACAUCCUGUACACCGGGAGCACCAAUGUUGGGAAGAUUAUUAUGACAGCUGCAGCCAAGCACCUGACCCCUGUCACACUGGAACUGGGGGGAAAGAGCCCUUGUUAUGUGGACAAGGAUUGUGAUCUGGACAUUGCCUGCAGACGCAUUGCCUGGGGGAAAUUCAUGAACUGCGGCCAGACCUGCAUUGCUCCUGACUACAUCCUCUGUGAUCCCUCCAUCCAGAACCAAAUUGUAGAGAAGCUCAAAAGGUCCCUGAAAGAGUUCUAUGGGGACGAUGCCAAACAGUCUGGUGAUUAUGGAAGAAUCAUUAACUCCCAGCACUUCCAGAGGGUGAUGGGCCUCAUGGAGGGCCAGAGGGUCGCCUAUGGUGGCACCGGGGACAUGGCCACCCUAUACAUAGCCCCCACCAUCCUCACGGAUGUGGACCCUCAGUCCCGGGUGAUGCAGGAGGAGAUCUUUGGGCCCAUAAUGCCCAUCGUCUGUGUGCGCAGCCUGGAGGAGGCCAUCCAAUUCAUCAACCAGCGCGAGAAGCCCCUGGCUCUCUAUGUGUUCUCCCAAAAUGACAAGGUGAUUAAGAAGAUGAUUGCAGAGACAUCGAGUGGUGGAGUGACGGCCAACGACGUCAUUGUCCAUGUCUCCGUGCACUCUCUGCCCUUCGGGGGUGUGGGGCACAGCGGCAUGGGAUGCUACCAUGGCAAGCACAGCUUCGAGACCUUCUCCCACCGCCGCUCCUGCCUAGUGAGGUCUCUGCUGAAGGAUGAGCCCCUCAAAGGCAGAUACCCCACAAGCCUGGAAAAGAUGACCCGUCACUGAAGCCGCUGUAUGCACCUGGCCUCCCUGUGCUGUGCCCUCCAGCCCCUCAGAGAAUUGCUCCUGGAGCACCCCCUCUUGCUCCUCUGUGGAUCAGUGCAUGCCCCCAAGCCCAUUCUGACCCAAGCCCUCAUCUCCCCAAGUCCUCGCCACCUGGCUCGACA